AAUGGUGGAUUUGGUUAUUGGACAAAUCGAAAUGAUUCUUAUGCUGAUCCAUAUAUGAGUGUGCAUGUUGCACAUUGUUUAGCUGUUGUUAUGGAUAAAAAGCAAUUAGAAGUCGGUUCAUCGAAAACACUUCAUAGUAUAGACAGCUUGAUGCGCUCUACAAAGUUGAACGAAAAAGAACCGGGGUCGUUACCCCUUAAAGCUAUGGUGUUGGAUGUUAAUGGGAAUAUGUUAAGUAAUGCGUUGAAAUAUGUUAAAAAUAUCGAAUCUGAAAUCGAUCAAUUACCAUACAGUAAAUAUUGGUCUGAAAAAGCUCGAUAUAGUUUAAUGAGUUAUGCACUAUAUGUUAGAGCAAAACAUCAUAGAAAUGUCGCCGAAGAAGCUUCAAAGUUGUUUAAACGUAGUGGAUUUGAUAAACUCAGUUUAGAAGCAUUAGGAUGGUUAUUAGUGGCAUUAUCUAGUGGUGAAAAUAGUAAUAAACGCCAAACAAUUGAAAUAAUAUACAAACAUCUCAAAGGUAAAGUAAGUGAAACAGGUGAAACAGCUAAUUUUAUUACAUCAUAUGGUGAUGAUGGUCAAUUAGUCAUGUUACAUUCAAAUCAACGAACAGAUGCUAUAUUAUUAGAAUCAUUCUUAUAUAUUGAUCCAAAGUCAACUUUAUGUACAAAAUUAUGUAAAGGUUUACAAGCGCAUAAAGUGAAAGGUGCAUGGAAAUCAACACAAGAAAAUUGUUUUGUAUUAAUCGCAUUAGAUAAAUAUUUUCACAUGAAAGAAAAGGAUACACCAAAAUUUGUUGCAAAUUUUUGGCUUGAUAAUGAUUAUUGUGGUCAGCAUGAAUAUAAAGGUGAUAUUCUUAAUUCUUCAAAUGCUAAAGAUCGUUAG